CGAUGGUCGGUUGUUCGGAAUGGUUGGAUGGAACCGCUAUCGUUACCAAAGGUAUUGUGGUUGGUUCAACGAUCGUAUUGAGAUAUUCCAACCCCAAGGACUACGAGUAACGCAACCGACCUCCCGCGGCUUGGUAUCGUUUGACAUCGAAGUGUACCUCAACCAAUUUGCUCGGGGCAAUGACGUCCGCUGCGAUGUUUGUGCCAAUGCAACCAUCGUGAAGCCGAGCGACGAAAACGUUAUUCUGUUCCAUCCAAGCGCAAUUAUCCGGGCGAAAGAUCACUUCCGAUACCUGAUCACAAAACACUAUCGAUCGGGCGCAGUCCGUCGGUACCACUGCGAAUUCCAUGUGGCGCAAUCCCGUGUUGGGUACCUCCCUGCAGCUGAUGAAGCGUGCCUCGGGGAGACAGAAACUGAAGUAGCUCAAUCCCUACAGCUAAACAACGAUAAACGUCUGCUGGAACAGAUCAUACACGAACGCAGUGGCCAGUGUGACCGGCUUACAAAUAUGCUCAUCGUGGCCGAUUCAAAGCAAACCAAUUCUCAGAGAGAACUGGAGCAGUAUGUUCGAACUCGCCUCGAAUCGCUGUGGCCGGUCAUCGCGUGGUCUGACGUGCUGGACAAGAUCUAUCGUUCCGAAGAAGGGAUAGUGUUGGUGCUGCGAUCGCUGAUCGAGAAGAAGCGAAUUCUCCAGCUUUGCCAGGGCACCGAUUACAUCUCCGACUACGACAGUCUGCCGCCUCCGUCAUGGGGCGACGGUGGGGAUGAUUACGAAGACGAAGCUGCCACCAGCUGGCCGGUAAUGAUGUGAGGGAAAAGUCGCCCCUGGAGUUCCGGUCACAAUUUUGAGUUUGAAUUUUUCAGUGUGAAAAGUGCCAUCUAUUGAAAAAAAAGAUAAACUAAUUUAAUAAAAACAUGUUGCCGAAGCGCCCUCUA